AGUUCCUGCGUGAGUUGACGUCCAGCCGCGCCGGCCCGACAGGCUGCAGCCUCCGGAAGCCGCGCUCCGCCGCCGGCUGCGUCUCGGCGAUGGCCCGCAAGAAGAAGAACAAGAAGAAGGAGGGCGAAGGCCGCCUCGUGCUCACCUUCGAUGAGGAGAAGCGGCGGGACUACCUGACGGGCUUCCACCGGCGGAAGGUGGAGCGGAGGAAGGCGGCCCUGGAGGAGAUCCGGAGGAAGCUGAAGGAGGAGCAGCGGAAGCUCCGGGACGAGCGCCACAAGGAGUAUCUGAAGAUGCUGAAAGAUCGGGAAGAGGCUUUGGAAGAGGCAGAUGAGCUGGACCAGCUGGUGACCUCCAAGACCGAGUGUGUGCAGUAUGACCACCCCAACCACACGGUGACAGUGACCACCAUCAGUGACCUGGACCUCUCGGGGGCCCGGCGCCUGGGGCUGCCCCCCCCUGGGAGAGAAGAGGACCCAGAGGCAGAGGAAGCCAUCAGUGCUUUGCCCAAGAAGUCUCGGAGCCCCUUCCUGUCUCAGAGGAUCUCCUCCCUUACGGCUUCCCUCCACGCGCGGAGCCAGAAGCGCGCCAAGAAGAAACGCCCACGUCCACAUCGUGGUCUUGACUCCGCCAAGAAGCCGCCCAGCGCCACACGGACCAGCAAGACGCAGCGCCGCAGGAUGACCGGCAGAGCCGGGAGCCAGAGAGAUGGGGGCUCUGGGUAGCCGUGGGCCCCCACGCCUCCCUUGCGGCCCCUCCUCGAGGCUGGAGUCUUCCGGAAGUGGCCGUGGAGCCCACGCCUCUGCCUUUCUUCUCCCAGCUGAGGGGUCUGGGUUCAAGUGCUGCCCCCACCCUAGGACCAUCUGGCCCGCCUGGGCCCCAGCCUCUGAGCAGCCCCUCAGCCCCUUCCUGUUUCUUCUCAGGGUGAACCUGUGGCCCCCGAAGAGUGAUGACCGCCAGCCCUCGUAGGUAGGGGUGGGCCUGGCUCUGGGACUUCACUGACCACCUUCGACAUUCAGUGAUCUUUAGCGGGUGCGGCCAGUGGCCAUUUAUGAAUCUCUGGCUGUUUGCCUCACGGGUGGUAAGGGACAGUGGCUCCAAAGCCAGCGGCGACUGCUCUGGGGGCCUUCCGGAGAGAGCAGUGGGGCCGGGGACCAGAUCCCAAGGUUUGGGGGGACUUUCUGGAUCCCAGGCGGCACCCUCGGCCGAUCCGGGAGCAGUGGACAGAAGCCAUCGGGAGACCCACGGAGUCUGGAGCCAUCACUGAGCAUAGACCCAGGCACCGGAGACACAAGUCUGAGGCACCGAACCUUGUGGGAAAGGAUUCCCAGCAACCGGGGCUCCCGGGGUCCCCUGUGGCUGGAAAGGUUGGACGGCCUUUUCUCCCAAGAAAACUUCACGUGUGCUGGUCUCAGAUCCAGGCCGAGGAGCCUCUAUCAGUGUGUGCAGAGCCAAGGCUGCGCUGAAGUCCCACAGCGCAGCGCGCAGGUGCUGCUGGAAGCGCCUCGGAGUCACGGCGCGUCCCAUCUCCCAGCCGCUCUCUCACACGCUCACCCUCCUCCUCCUCCCGCCCCAGAGUCAGAACCACAGAUGGAAGAAGCUUUGGCCUCCAGGAUGAGGUUCAGUGACCUCCCCCCAAACCACAUCUGCCAAGUUGGCCUUGGGGGACAGCUCUGAAGGUUUCUCCCAUGUCUGUGCUCGUCCGUGCUGGGGGCGGCGGCCUGAGCGUCUGCGUUUGUCCACGCUGCUUUAUGAAAUUGGAUUUCAAAAUCUAUUUUUAUUUUAUUAAAUGUUUCUCAAUUAUGUUUUUUAA